AAAGCGGAAACGGGUUGCGAACACCGCGCUGGGCCUCGAGGACCGCGAGCCCACAGGCGCUUGCCGCCGCCCGCCUUCCGGCUCCUCCCUAUUGUGCUUAGAGCGCGUGUGCCGAGGUUCCCAGAGCCGUCGCGGAGAGGACUAUGUUGCUUCCGAAUAUCCUGCUCACCGGUCAGGGCGCGCGGCGAGGAGGGGCUGGACGCACGGUUAUCUGCCUUUUAGCGAGGUCAUGUAAGGUAGUGCCUGCCUGGUCCUUAGCAGGUACACCAGGGGUUGGAAAAACCACACUAGGCAAAGAACUUGCAUCAAGAUCAGGACUCAAAUACAUUAAUGUGGGUGAUUUAGCUCGAGAAGGGCAGUUAUAUGAUGGCUAUGAUGAAGAGUAUGAUUGUCCCAUUUUAGAUGAAGACAGAGUAGUUGAUGAGCUAGAAAACCAAAUGAGUGAAGGUGGCGUUAUUGUUGAUUACCAUGGUUGUGAUUUCUUUCCUGAACGCUGGUUUCACAUAGUUUUUGUAUUGAAAACAGAUAACAGUAUAUUGUACAAAAGACUUGAAACAAGGGGUUAUAAUGAGAAGAAACUAAAAGAUAAUAUUCAGUGUGAAAUUUUUCAAGUUCUUUAUGAAGAAGCAUUAGCAUCCUACAAGGAAGAAAUAGUGCAUCAGCUGUCCAGCAAUAAACCAGAAGAUCUAGAGGAUAAUAUCCAUCAGAUAUUGAAAUGGAUUGAGCAAUGGAUCAAAGAUCAUAGCUCUUGAUUUAUAAGACUGGCCACUUUGUAAUCACUCUUGAUAUUUCUCACAUCAUAUAAAUUGUCUGAUUACCAGUAAAACUUUUAAAUGAAAAUUGUGCUACAGAACUAGUAGGUGGAUAGUAUAAAGGUUUACGUUUGUUUUUUUUUUUCUCCAUGAGAAAGCUAAACAUUCUUAAGUAUAAUGAAUAUAUUACAGAUUGCGAAUAAAAGCUCAUAUCAUUUAAUGCUUCAAUUGCUAAAGAAUAAAUAAAUCUGACCAAAUGAGUGGAUGGAUAUCUUCUAAGUUUAUCAUAGAAGAAAAUGAAGAUGAUCUCUUAAAAUAAAACUAAAGUCUACAGAUAAAGCA